CAAACACACGCACACACACGCGCACACACAGAGUCAUGUGAUUUCCAGUAACUGCAGGAUCAGAAAGUGAAAGCGUUCAGACCAUAGACUAGAGGUUCAGACUUAAUUCUAACUACAAGGAGCAGAGAGAGGAAACGUGAAGUCUGAGGCUGCUCACAGUCAGGGUCAGUGUUUUUCCUCUCAGACUGAAGAUGAGUGGUCAUCCGGAGGACAGAGCAGAGUCUGCAGUGUUCAGCUGGGUGUCUCUGAAGAGUGACCAGUCAAAAGGACUUCCUGUCAGUACUAAACCUGGACCCUCAAACACAAAACUCAUUGGUUGUGGACUCUCAGAGACUCAUUGUGAAGUUGUGGCCUCAGCUCUGAAGUCAGACCCCUCACAUCUGAGAGAACUGGAUCUCAACAGCUUGCAGGAUUCAGGAGUGGAGCUGCUGUGUUCUGGACUGGAGAGUCCAAACUGUCGACUGGAGACUCUAAGGUUGUGGAAAUGCAGACUGUCUGGGAUCAGCUGUUCUUCUCUGGCUUCAGCUCUGAGGUCAAACCCCUCUCAUCUGAGAGAACUGGAUCUGAGGAACAACAACCUGCAGGAUUCAGGAGUGGAGCUGCUGUGUUCUGGACUGGAAAGUCCAGACUGUAGACUGGAGACUCUGAGGUUGGAGAGCUGCAGACUUGAACAGAUCAGCUGUGUACAUCUGGCUUCAGCUCUGAGCUCAAACCCCUCUCAUCUGAGAGAACUGGAUCUGAGGGACAACAACCUGCAGGAAUCAGGAGUGGAGCUGCUGUGUUCUGGACUGGAAAGUCCAGACUGUCGACUGGAGACUCUGAGGUUGAAGAGCUGCAGACUGGAAUAUAUCAGCUGUUUACAUCUGGCUUCAGCUCUGAGAUCAAACCCCUCUCAUCUGAGAGAACUGGAUCUGAGGGACAACAACCUGCAGGAUUCAGGAGUGGAGCUGCUGUGUUCUGGACUGGAAAGUCCAGACUGUAGACUGGAGACUCUGAGGUUGGAGAGCUGUAGACUGUCAGGGAUCAGCUGUGUACAUCUGGCUUCAGCUCUGAGCUCAAACCCCUCUCAUCUGAGAGAACUGGAUCUGAGGGACAACUACCUGCACGAAUCAGGAGUGGAGCUGCUGUGUUCUGGACUGGAAAGUCCAAACUGUAGACUGGAGACUCUGAGGUUGGAGAGCUGCAGACUUGAACAUAUCAGCUGUGUACAUCUGGCUUCAGCUCUGAGGUCAAACCCCUCUCAUCUGAGAGAACUGGAUCUGAGGAACAACAACCUGCAGGAUUCAGGAGUGGAGCUGCUGUGUUAUGGACUGGAAAGUCCAGACUGUAGACUGGAGACUCUGAGGUUGGAGAGCUGCAGACUUGAACAGAUCAGCUGUGUACAUCUGGCUUCAGCUCUGAGCUCAAACCCCUCUCAUCUGAGAGAACUGGAUCUGAGGGACAACAACCUGCAGGAAUCAGGAGUGGAGCUGCUGUGUUCUGGACUGGAAAGUCCAGACUGUCGACUGGAGACUCUGAGGUUGAAGAGCUGCAGACUGGAAUAUAUCAGCUGUUUACAUCUGGCUUCAGCUCUGAGAUCAAACCCCUCUCAUCUGAGAGAACUGGAUCUGAGGGACAACAACCUGCAGGAUUCAGGAGUGGAGCUGCUGUGUUCUGGACUGGAAAGUCCAGACUGGAGACUGGAGACUCUGAGGUUGGAGAGCUGCAGACUUGAAUAUAUCAGCUGUUUACAUCUGGCUUCAGCUCUGAGGUCAAACCUCUCUCAUCUGAGAGAACUGGAUCUGAGGGACAACAACCUGCAGGAUUCAGGAGUGGAGCUGCUGUGUUCUGGACUGGAAAGUCCAGACUGUAGACUGGAGACUCUGAGGUUGGAGAGCUGCAGACUUGAAUAUAUCAGCUGUUUACAUCUGGCUUCAGCUCUGAGGUCAAACCCCUCUCAUCUGAGAGAACUGGAUCUGAGGGACAACAACCUGCAGGAUUCAGGAGUGGAGCUGCUGUGUUCUGGAUUGGAAAGUCCAGACUGUCGACUGGAGACUCUGAGGUUGGAGAGCUGCAGACUGUCAGAGAUCAGCUGUUCUUCUCUGGCUUCAGCUCUGAGGUCAAACCCCUCUCAUCUGAGAGAACUGGGUCUGACUAACUACAACCUUCAGGACUCAGCAGUGAAGGAGCUGCUUGAUCUAAAGCAGAGUUCAGGCUGUCGACUGGAGACUGUGAGAUGGAGCUUGUGAUCUUUGUGAAGGUGAAUGUGAAGAGGACAGUGUGUGUGGACGGAGACUGAGCUGUGUCCUGAUGAUCCACAGAGGCUGAAGCAGCAGCAGCUUGUGUGCGGUCUCCAAUUUACACAACCCCUAAUCUGCAUGUGUUUAUGAGAUGAAGCCGGAGCACCUGUUUAAAACACGGGGAGAACGUGCCAUCUCCACACAGGAAGACCCCAUCUGAACCGGAUUCAAACCAGGACCCUUCUUGCCCCUAAAUCUUUCCCCAAUUGUGUUUAUUCACAUGAAGAAUAUGUUUAUUGAAAUGACACAACACCAAGCAGAAUAGAUAAACACUCUAUAAAGAGUCACAUAUAGUGUAUUUAAAUUUGCCUUAUUAUUUUCCACCUUUGUCCCUCAGUAUAUCUCUGUGGCAGUUGCCCUUGCCACGGGUCCCUCCCACACACAGCCAGAGACGGAAGUGUUGCUUUUUGACAUACUUUAUUAUCACCACACAUAAACUUAAUCACACACAAAGCAGACUUGCUUUCCAGCUUCGUCCGGGCAUCUCUCAGAGAGUGUCUGGGAUUCUCUCCAGUGUCUGAGUCUCUCAGUUCCCCCGCUGCCUUUUAAACGUGAGGACCAAUCAGCUAACAGCUCUCAACUGCCCUGAUUGAUCCUCUGUGGUGCAGGUGAGGGUGCUCUCCUAGCCCCCUCACCUCCACAAUUUCCAUGUGGGUAUAACCCAAUUCUUUGUAUAUGUUGGUUUAUGAACUUAAAAUUCCUGGUUUCACGUCACAAAUUGAAACACAUAUAAAUAACUUUGAGUUUAAAAUAAGAGUUUUGUCUUUUUGUCUUAGGCCAGGUUUAAUUUUAGGUUAGUGCAGUGAUUCUCAAACUGUGUGGCGUGUAAUGCCUAUGUGCCCCACUGGUGGGGCGCAUAGGCAUUACAGGUGGGGCGCGCGACCGGGAGGGGGAAAUGUGAGGCGUAACUAAUGUUAUGACGUCGGCAUCUCUUUAACGUUGGAACAGUAAAUAAAUCGUUCUUUCGCCGUAGCCAGGGGUCAGCAACCUGCGGCUCUGCAGCGGCUCCCUGUACAGUAUUGUGCGGGCGAAUGCGUGUGUGUGUGUGCGCGUUUGCCCCCAGACAGCACACACACACACACAGGCCCCACUCAUUCGCUCAGAGAGACACACAGUGAGAUCAGAGCUCGUUCCCGUGAAGCAGCCGGUCAGUGACAAACAAGAGACAGUGUUCAAACACCAAAUUGAAAAGAAAGUUUGAUGAAACCUGUCUUGCUCUUGGGUUCACAGUGAAUGAAGGAGGACAUGAGGAGACCAGUGUGUAUUUUAAGUCUAAAACUCUGGCAGCUGACAGUAUGAGACCCAACAAAUUAAGAAGACACUUAGAAACAUUACACACCACUCACAUGCAUGUGUUCUUUUUGGUUGAGCUUUAUCAUCGUUGUAACAAAGUGAUUAUAAUUUAAUACAUUUUUUUUCUAUUUUUGAAAAAGUACAGACCGAUGGAGGAAUGUAGUGAUAAAUGUCACCGAAAGUACUUAAAUUAAGUUGAAUUUAACCAAAGUUAUUGCACUAUUCUUUUUUAUUUGCACAUCAGAAAUUCCUGAAAGUAAUGUGAAUCAGAACCACUGGGUUAGUGUAAGGGAAAAUUCAACUGACCAGGUGUCUCACUGCUGUGACGUUGACAAACAGGGAGGUUGCUACAGCAGAUCGACGCACAUGAUGAUUUAAUGUCUUCUUUUCAUAUGCGGUUUGAUGAAGCGCCUCUUUGUAUUAGUUCUGGCUUGUCUUUUUUCAUAUUGUUUUAUGAAACGCCUCUUUGUAUAAGUCUGGCUUUUGUGAACUUGCCGCCAGUUCCAUUUUGAGCACCCGUGCUUAUUUGUAACCUCUGCAGAGCUAUCUAUUAAAAAGCAUCAAAGGUAA